GGCGUAGGAUUUGUACAAUAACUCAACAGCGUGCAAAAAGCCGAUCGCAUUAGAACAUCGCUCAUCCUUGUGUGUACAAAAUAAAUCAAACAUUUCCGAUCGAUAGAGUGCUCUAAAUCUCAGCAACGUCUUCUUUCCUCUGAAUCACCACCAUUUCUGAUUUCACUAGAAAACCCCCUUCUACGCUCUGAAGUUCAUGGAAUUAGGGUUAGGGUUAUAGCAUUGUAGACACGCUCAGACUAAAAAAGGGAAAAGAAUGAGGCAGCCAUAUAACUACAAUCACCAGAGUCAUCAAUCUCAAAGAAGCGCAUUUGCCGCGCUUUUCCUCCUCCUCUUGCCAAUUUUCCUCCCAAAUCUCUUCGCCCCUCUUGGGCGAGCCUAUCCAUCUCUGUUCUCCGAAUGGAAUGCUCCGAAACCAAGACACUCCUCUUUACUUGAGGUCGCUUUGCAUUGGAAAGCUCCGAUUAAACAACGAUUAGAUCUCUGGUCUCCCUUGCCAAAUCAAGGAUGGAAGCCUUGCAUCGACUCUGCUGAUAACCCCCCGUCAUUGCCGGAGAGAUCUGAGGGUUAUAUUCAGGUAUUUCUUGAUGGAGGAUUGAACCAGCAAAGAAUGGGGAUAUGCGAUGCAGUUGCUAUAGCUCAGAUAUUGAAUGCGACACUGGUGAUACCACACCUUGAGGUGAAUCCUGUUUGGCAAGAUUCAAGUUCAUUCACAGAUAUAUUUGAUGUGGAUCACUUUAUCAAUGUCCUUCGUGAUGAAGUUUCUAUAGUUAAAGAGCUCCCAAGGCAAUAUUCUUGGAGCACACGGGAAUAUUAUGCUACAGGUAUAAGAGCUACUAGAAUCAAAACGGCACCUGUUCGUGCUUCGGCAGAGUGGUAUGUGGAAAAUGUGUUGCCUGUCAUACGGAGAUAUGGGAUUGCUGCUAUAUCACCAUUCUCCCAUCGCCUAGCGUUUGACAAGUUGCCUAUAAAAAUUCAACAUUUACGUUGUAAAGUAAACUUCGAAGCUCUAGUUUUUGUUCCUCAGAUCAGAUUAAUAGGAGAGAGCCUUGUUCAUAAACUCCGUUAUCCUUCUGGGAAGCUUCAAAACUCAGGCAGUGAGGUCCUACAUGACAGAAUAGAUGAUACCCCAAAAGAAGGAGCCGGAAAGUUUGUUGUAUUACAUCUUCGCUUCGACAAAGAUAUGGCUGCUCAUUCAGCUUGUGAUUUUGGUGGAGGCAAAGCUGAGAAACUGGCCUUAGCUAAGUACCGCCAAGUUUUAUGGCAGGGAAGGGUCUUAAACUCUCAAUUCACUGACAAUGAGUUGAGAAAUCAGGGGAGAUGCCCAUUGACUCCAGAGGAGAUUGGGUUGCUACUAACGGCUUUGGGCUUCAACAAUAAUACUAGCCUCUAUCUUGCUUCUCACAAAGUUUAUGGAGGAGAGGCUAGGAUCUCCACAUUGUGCAAAAUGUUUCCGCUCAUGGAAGAUAAGAAGAGCCUUGCUUCAGCAAAGGAGCUAGCUGAAGUUGAAGGUAAAGCUUCUUUGAUGGCUGCAGUUGAUUAUUAUGUGAGCCUUCAAAGUGACAUCUUCAUCUCCGCUUCUCCUGGAAACAUGCACAAUGCUUUGCUUGGACAUCGAGCUUACUUGAACUUAAAGACCAUAAGACCAAACAUGUUACUAUUGGGCCCUCUAUUCCUUAAUAAGAGCAUGGAGUGGCUUGAGUUUCAGCGUGCAGUUAUGGAUGGGCAUAAAAAUAGACAAGGCCAGAUGAGGUUAAGAAAGGAGAAGCAAUCUAUAUAUACGUAUCCAGCCCCCGAUUGCAUGUGUAGAGCUUAACUUUUUUCAGUUAGCAGUUUUCAAUUCACUCUGUGUGUGUGUUUUUAUCGGUUUAAACUUUUGAAAUCAUUUAUUACCCUACUUUAAUUUC